CUACAGCAGUUAGGCUGAACACGCUUGUCUGUUCGCCAUGUCUUGGUGGGCACAACAGCCAGAGCCGUCACAGGUCCUAGAGGCGCUGCACUCCACGCAAGGGCAGCUGAGCUUGCUCUCCAAGCGCCUCUCUUCCCUGCGGGAUGAGCAUGAGGCCCUCUGUGAGUGCCUUGCCGCCCAUGGCGCGGUGCCUGCCGAGAGGCUCACGGCCUGGCUGCACCGCCGGCGCUUCGCCCAAGCCCGGCGCCGGCAUCCCCUGACGUGUAAUGAGACCUUGGAAUCCUUGACACAGGCAAAGGAGCUGGCGCUGUCCUUGGCGGUGCGAUUGGGCCUGGACGGGGUGACCACUUUGAGCAGUGCGUCGCGGGCUUUGCACAGCUCCCUCUCGGCACUUCGACCAGAGCUGGCCAAACUUUUCCCCUUGCAGCUCUUUGCCAUCGGCGGCGAGGCCUGCGGAGAUCCGCUGAUCUCUGUGGAGCGUUUCAACGUGACGGCCAACGCCUGGAGUCCCUGCACGCCUUUGCGCACCCCAAGGAGUGGAUGCGCCGCGGUGGCCCUCUCCGGGCAUGUCUAUGCCGUGGGCGGCUGUGGUGUUGACGGAGAAGAUCUGCGCUCGGUGGAGAGGUUGAACCUCUGGGACGCCGUUUGGGAGGAGAUGCCGGCCAUGUCCACGGGCCGGGACGAGCUGGCGGCGGCGGGCUGCAGCGGCUGCGUCUACGCCAUGGGCGGGAGCCACCUCGUGUGGCCGGUCCGACAUGUCUUGGACUCGACCGAGCGCUUCGACCCUGCGCGUGGCAGCUGGCAGGCGCUCCCUCGUCUGAGCCGCGAGCGCUGCGCCGCCGCGGCGGUGGCCAACCGCCGACGGCUCUACGUGCUGGGCGGCUGCGACGAGGAUGGCGUUGCCUUGUGCUCUGCGGAGUGCUUUGACCCUGAGCUCGGCCGUUGGGAGCCAAUUCCACCCAUGCGCUGGCCCCGCUGCAACUUCGCUGCGUCUGCCUCCUGCGGCCGGAUCGUCGUUGCUGGAGGCUACGACGACAAUACGCGCGAUGUGGAUACAGUGGAACAGUACGACCCCAGCAAAUCCAUCGGGUGGGAGACCUUGGCCUCGCUGCCGGUGCCCAGAUGGGGUGUUCGUGCUGCCAGUAGAGAGGGCGCCAUCUUCAUCGUCGGAGGGCACGUGUGGGAUGUGGAGGUGGGCACCACUGACGGUUUACAUCAUGCGUCUGGAACUUGGGUGACUUACGCCUGCAUGAGCGAGCCACGGCGAUCCUUCGGUUUGGCUGCUGUCAAUGGCUAAGCCGAAGCGAAUGUGUCAUGCGAAAAA